UCCAAAUUAAUAAAAAGAAAAUAUUCCUUUUUAUUCCCCCCAAAAAAACUUGCAGAAAAUAACACAAUUGAUUUAUCCUUUCUGGCGAAGAAAUUUUGCAAAAUAAAAAUGAUUUUCUCACUAAUAAACACAAAAAAUCAAAUCAAUGAAAGUUGUUUGGUAAUUUCUCGUAAGACAUGCUGGAUGUUUCUCCCAUGGCUUGUUCUGUCAGCUGUAACCGAAGAUGAUAUGAAGUGCCUUGAAGGAGUGAAGAAUUCACUCAAGGACCCAGAUGGGAAAUUGAGCAAUUGGCGUUUCGACAACAAUUCAGUUGGUAUUAUAUGCAAUUUUGAUGGAGUUACAUGUUGGAAUGUAAGGGAAAACCGGCUGAUAAGACUUGAACUUCGUGACAUGAAACUUUCUGGACGGUUGCCUCAAUCCUUGGAGUACUGUCAGAGUUUGCAGACUUUGGAUCUGUCGGCUAACAAGCUUUCUGGUAAUAUCCCUUCUCAGAUAUGUUCUUGGUUGCCUUAUUUAGUAACCCUUGAUUUGUCUAGCAACGAUCUGUCAGGUCCCAUCCCUUCUGAAUUAUCAAAGUGUGCUUAUUUGAACAAUUUGAUACUGUCAAAUAAUAGACUUUCAGGGCCAAUUCCAUACCAAUUAUCUGGUUUAGAUAGGCUGAAGAUUUUGGCAGUAGCAAACAAUGAUCUUUCUGGUGCUAUUCCUUCAGCUUUUGAGAGCCAUGAUAAGGCAGAUUUUGCUGGGAAUAGUGAUCUUUGUGGGAGUCCUCUUGGAAACUGUGGGGGUUUGAGUAGGAGGAAUUUAGCCAUUAUAAUUGCUGCCGGGGUUUUAGGUGCUGCAGUGUCAAUGUUGUUUGGGUUUGGGGUCUGGUGGUGGCACCAUUUGAGAUGGGUGAGCCUGAGGAAAAAAGGGUUUGUUGGUGGCAGUGGUUGGGCUGAGAGGUUGAGGGCUCAUAAAUUGACUCAAGUUUCAUUGUUUCAGAAACCACUUGUGAAAGUCAAGUUGGCUGAUUUAAUGGCUGCCACAAACAACUUCAGUGCUGAAAGCAUCAUAGUUUCCACUAGGAGUGGAACUACUUAUAAAGCAGUGCUUCCUGAUGGAUCAGCCCUUGCAAUCAAGAGGCUCACAAGUUGUAGGAUCCUCGAGAAGCAGUUCCGUUGGGAGAUGAACCGAUUAGGCCAGCUUAGGCAUCCGAAUUUGGCACCCCUUUUGGGAUUUUGUAUUGUAGAGGAUGAAAAGCUGUUAGUUUAUAAGCAUAUGUCUAAUGGGACUCUAUAUUCCUUGCUACAUGGUAGUGUUGCAGUUGUAGAUUGGCCAACUCGGUUUCGCAUCGGAUUGGGUGCAGCCAGGGGUCUUGCUUGGCUGCACCAUGGGUGCAGGCCUCCAUUUCUGCAGCAGAACAUCAGCUCCAGUAUGAUUCUUCUCGACGAGGACUUGGAUGCCAGGAUAAUGGACUUUGGAUUGGCAGGGUUUAUGAAUACCUCGGAUGUUAAUGAGACUAGCUUUAUGGAAGGAGCUUUAGGUGAAUUAGGCUAUAUAGGUCCAGAGUACUCAACCACAACGGUAGCUUCGCUUAAAGGGGAUGUGUUCGGACUCGGAGUGGUGCUUCUCGAAUUGGUAACGAGGCAAAAACCCCUGGAAGUUAAUGCAGGUGGUGAAGAAGGAUUCAAAGGGAACUUGGUGGAUUGGAUAAAUCAUCUCUCAGACUCCGGUAGAAUCAAAGACGCUACCGACAGCAAUCUGCGCGGGAAGGGGCACGAUGAAGAAAUGUUGCAGUUCCUCAAAAUAGCAUUAAACUGUGUCAAUCCUCGAUCAAAGGACAGAUGGUCGAUGUACCAGGUUUACGAGUAUUUGAAAAACAUGGGUGAAGAAAAUGGUUUCUCAGAAGAGUUUGAUGAUUUCCCACUGAUUUUUAUUGAAUCAAUGUAGUCUUGGGCAUGUCUGCAGAAUGGUAAUGCAUACAAAUAUAGUUUGUAGUUGUAUAAUACAAAAAUAAACUUGUUAAGGUUCUUGUAUCUUCAAGAAAUCUUCUUUCAUCCUUGUUUUGCAAUGAAACUUGAUACGGGUUUAAGUAUAGAAAAA